UGAGAGGUUUGAGUAUUUUAUUAACAAGUCUAGGCAAACCUGGAGUCUUGAUCAUGUCCGUGAGAGACCUUAUGGGGAAAUCAAGAACAUGGAUCUACAAGUUGUCAAGAUGGAUCACGAAAGAUAAUUACAGUGGAUGGACAAGAAAGUGCGGAGGGGAAGAGCAGCGGGUUAGCACUCGAACUGUCUAUGUUGGUCACCACCAAGCCCCAGAGACAGAUGCAUACGUCGAGGAGAAGUUUUGUGAUAACCGGAUUGUGUCCUCCAAGUAUACAGUUUGGAACUUUCUUCCAAAGAACCUUUUUGAACAGUUUCGAAGAAUUGCAAAUUUUUAUUUCCUGAUCAUUUUCCUUGUCCAGGUCACCGUAGAUACACCGACCAGCCCUGUGACCAGUGGACUCCCGCUUUUCUUCGUGAUAACUGUCACUGCUAUUAAACAGGGCUAUGAAGACUGGCUUAGACAUCGAGCUGACAAAGAAGUAAAUAAAAGUGUAGUUUAUGUUAUUGAAAAUGCAAAGCGAGUCAAGAAAGAGAGUGAAGCGAUUAAGGUUGGCGAUAUUGUUGAGGUACACGCAGACGAAACCUUUCCUUGUGAUAUUAUCCUCCUGUCAUCAUGCAAUGAUGAUGGGACCUGUUAUGUUACAACAGCCAGUCUUGAUGGGGAAUCCAACUGCAAGACGCAAUAUGCUAUCCGCGAUACCAGUUCGUUUAAUACGGCUCAUUCCAUUGAUACCCUGCAAGCAACGAUCGAGUGUGAACAGCCUCAGCCUGACCUGUACAAAUUUGUUGGGAGGAUCAAUAUCUAUGACAAUAAUGCAGAACCUGUUGCCAGGUCUUUGGGACCUGAAAAUCUAUUGCUGAAAGGAGCCACUCUAAAAAAUACCAAGAAGAUUUAUGGAGUUGCUGUUUACACAGGAAUGGAAACCAAAAUGGCUUUGAAUUACCAAGGGAAAUCUCAGAAGCGCUCUGCCGUGGAAAAAUCUAUCAAUGGUUUCCUGAUUGUGUAUUUAUGCAUCCUUUUGUCCAAAGCUGCUAUCUGCACCGCAUUGAAAUAUGUGUGGCAAAGUAUUUCUCAAAACGAUGAACCUUGGUAUAACCAAAAGACUCAGCAUGAGCGAGAGACUGUAAAGGUUCUGAAAAUAUUCACAGACUUCUUGUCAUUUAUGGUCCUGUUCAACUUCAUUAUCCCCGUUUCCAUGUAUGUUACUGUGGAAAUGCAAAAAUUCUUAGGAUCCUUUUUCAUCGCUUGGGAUAAAGACUUUUUUGAUGAAGAAAUACAAGAAGGUGCUCUAGUGAACACAUCUGACCUCAAUGAAGAGCUUGGGCAGGUGGAAUAUGUAUUUACUGACAAAACUGGAACACUUACUGAGAACACCAUGGAAUUUAUCGAGUGUUGCAUAGAUGGGCAUUCUUAUAAGCAGGAAACUACAGAAACGGAGGCUUUCUCUGAAACUGAUGGAGCUCAGCCACAGCCUGGAAGAGCAGAAAAGAGUCGAGAACAGCUCUUUCUGCGGGCCCUGUGCCUGUGCCAUACUGUGGAAACCCAAGUAAAAGAUGAUAUCGAUGGAAUCGUCGAAGAGGCGGAGUUAACGUACAUCUCCUCAUCCCCUGAUGAAAUUGCUUUGGUAAAGGGGGCUCAGAAGUAUGGCUAUACCUAUUUGGGAAUUAAGGAUGGCCGCAUGAAAUUGGAAAAUCAGUCCAAUGAAAUUGAAGAGUUCGAACUUCUUCAUACUUUACACUUUGAUUCUUCUCGGAGACGGAUGAGUGUGAUUGUGAGAAAUGCUCGAGGUAACAUAUUUCUCUUUUGUAAGGGAGCAGACUCAGCUAUUUUCCCCAGGGUGAAAAGGGACCAGAUAGAACAGACUAAAGUCCAUGUGGAACGCAAUGCAAUGGAUGGAUAUCGAACACUGUGUGUGGCCUAUAAAGAAUACACUCGUGAGGAAUAUCGUGAAAUUAACCGUCGGAUCCUUGAAAACAGGAUGACUUUACAAGAGAGAGAAGAAAAGUUAGCAAAGGUUUUCGAUGAAAUCGAGACUGACAUGAAUUUAAUUGGAUCUACUGCAGUAGAAGACAGGCUGCAGGAUCAAGCAGCUGAGACUAUUGAAGCCUUGCACAAGGCAGGUAUGAAAGUCUGGGUGCUCACCGGAGAUAAAAUGGAGACCGCCAAGUCUACCUGCUAUGCCUGCCGCCUCUUCCAGACUAACACCGAACUCCUGGAGCUGACCACUCGCACCAUUGGAGACAGUGACAGAAGAGAAGAUCUAUUGCACGAACUGCUGGUUGAUUACCAUAAGAAAUUGGUAUAUGGAUUCCCCAAACGUAGAAGCAUCAAAAAAGGUUGGGGAGAACACCAAGAAUAUGGAUUGAUAAUUGACGGGUCAACUUUGUCACUCAUAUUAAAUUCUUCCCAAGAGUCUACUUCGACCAAUUACAAAACCAUCUUUAUGCAGAUUUGUGUCAAGUGCACUGCUGUUCUGUGUUGUCGGAUGGCCCCUCUACAGAAAGCACAGAUUGUCAAAAUGGUGAAGAACAUCAAAGGAAGCCCCAUCACUCUCUCCAUUGGCGAUGGUGCUAAUGAUGUUAGCAUGAUCUUAGAGUCCCAUGUGGGAAUAGGCAUCAAAGGCAAAGAAGGUCGCCAAGCUGCGAGAAACAGUGAUUAUGCGGUUCCCAAGUUUAAGCACUUAAGAAAACUGCUAUUGGCCCAUGGGCAUUUAUACUACGUGAGAAUUGCCCACUUGGUACAGUAUUUCUUCUAUAAGAACCUUUGCUUCAUCCUUCCACAGUUUUUGUACCAGUUCUUCUGUGGCUUCUCCCAACAGCCACUGUAUGAUGCUGCUUACCUUACGAUGUACAAUAUCUGCUUCACUUCGUUACCGAUCCUGGCUUACAGUUUGCUGGAACAGCACAUCAGCAUUGAUGUUCUCACCGCUGAUCCCAGAUUGUAUAUGAAAAUUUCCGAUAAUGCCAAGCUGAAGUGGGGCCCUUUCUUGUAUUGGACGUUUCUCUCUGCCUUUGAAGGAACCGUGUUUUUCUUUGGUACUUACUUCCUUUAUCAGGCUACAACCUUGGAAGAAAAUGGAAAGGUUUUUGGGAACUGGACUUUUGGAACUACUGUUUAUACAGUCUUAGUCGUCACUGUAACACUGAAGCUUGCCCUGGAUACUCGCUUCUGGACUUGGAUCAACCACUUUGUGAUUUGGGGUUCCUUAGUCUUCUAUAUCUUUUUCUCGUUCUUUUGGGGAGGCAUUAUCUGGCCUUUCCUCAAGCAACAAAGGAUGUACUUUAUAUUUGCCCACAUGGUGACUUCUGUAUCGACAUGGCUGACAAUGAUUCUUCUAGUCUUUGUCAGCCUUUUCCCUGAGAUUCUUAUGAUAGCGGUUAAAAAUGUCAGGAGAAGGACUCCCAAGACCUCGAAUUCGGAGCUGCCUAUGUUAGUGUCCUACAAGACUAUUCGCAAUGGUUACGUCUAAGACAAGAAGCUGGAAGAGGCUGCUGCAAACAAUGUUAUCAUCUCAGGAUACUUGAAAUGUAACAACUUGAACUCUUAGCUGUUUCGUUUCUGGGGCCUAGGAGAAAGGCCCUCUGUGAACCAAAUGAUUUUAAAUCCUUAAAUGAUAACGCCGUUAUUGUAAGCAGUCUUGCUGCCCCGAAGUGUCAUGGGUGGGGUAUAUUACUAGGGCAAAAACCUCAAAAAGUCUAAAAAAUGCAUACUAUUGAGAUUAGUUAAAUUCGACUAUAACUCAACAAAUAUUUUCAUUUUAACGACAAAAUGGGUGCUUAAAACAAACACAGAAAUACUUAACUCAAGCAAAUGAGUUAAAAACCAUGGAGUUUUAAAUGCUGUAAUGUAGGAACCAUGUAAUGAGAAUGAAUGCAUUUUGCUGACAUUAUGUUUUUGCCUGGCAAAUGAAAUAGCCUGUCUCAAUCACCCGUUUUUGUUUUUUUCCUGCUGAAUGAAGUAAAUAUUUAAGUCAUCAAACUCCUCCAAAAGUAGUAUAUGAAAAGGUUGGAGGACAUGUUUUUCAUUGUGAAAUGUGUUGAUUGCAAAACCCCCUCUGUGUAUCGGGGGAGCUGUUUAGUGUUCUCUGUUUGCACAUAUGCCAAAUCGUGUCCUGCUCUGACAAACUCGCUGGAAAAACAUAUACGUCAAACAUCUCUGUGGAGAGAAGGUUAGCAGCAGGUAAUUCUGCCGACGAGGGAAACUUGGUCCUUGCCUUUUUUAUGUUCCACAGAUCGAAUACCAUGCCGAGUGGUUUUAGUAGGUUGAAAAAUACUCCCAUCAGUGUUUCAUAUCGCAUAUGGUUAUUUAAAGUCAUUUUGAAGCAAACAGAACCUAAGCCAUUAUUAUGGAUAUGAAAGGGGAAGGUGGGUAAAGACUAUUUGCACAAAAAAAAAAUCAAUGUAAUCAUAAUAUUAUAUGUUUUAUGUUGAGAAGGAAGAAGUUUGUGAUGUCUGUUAGAAACCUGCUGUCUGUGAAUUAAUGUCACACUAAGAUUGCUGCUCAGCCCCUGAAACCGUGACAGGGGCACCAUGAAUAAAUGCCUUUCUCCCUUCUCUCAUCUGGCUCAAGUCAUGGUAGAUCCUAGUUCCGUUGGCCCAUAUGGAAGAUGUAACCCCUAUAAAAAGUUAGUAGAAAACAUGGAAAUAAAUGAGAACUAUAUACACUUUGUUUUUGUUUUUUUUAACCAACCAACCAACCAAAUAUGUAUAUAUAUAUUUUUAUAAAGGUGAUUACAUUUGAUUUUUAAAUUGAAACAGUCUUUUAGAAAUAUUUUCAUGUCAGUUUCCAAUUCUGUUUGAUUCGCCAUCUGGCAUAUCUAUUAUUGUUUGUAAUGUCUUGUAUCUUGGUUUAAAAAUCUGGUGCAAUUUCUAUUGAUACAUUUAACACGGUUUCUUCUAUCGUUUUUUGUCCAUGUUUAUGUGGAAUCUUUUGUAAAUGCUAGGACUGGUGCGAUUUUGGUUAUUUGGACCCCGUUCCAGUCCUGACUGAUCAUUUUUUCCUAUUUUCCUAGGUGCUCAUUCAUCGUGUUACAUUUCUAUAUUUUGUCAGGUAUAGUGCAAUGCCUACCAAAAUGUGCUACAAAUAGAAUCAGAAAUGGUGAAAUGAAGGAAAAAAGUUGUUUGUUCUUUGGGGUUUGAUUUUGCUCUUCUUGUGUUGGGGAAGAGAAAGCAACCCCCUUCCGAGGACAGUGGGUAUCAUGAAGAGAUCAGGAUUUGGAGUGAAGAGUUACCUGGGUUAGAAUCUGAACUUUGCCACUUACUAUUUGGGUGACUUGGGACAAGUCCUCUCUCCUCUUGGGUCUUGAGUUUGUUUACUUCUUGUAGAGUCAUUAAAUUGGAUUAGAGAGCUCCGAAAACUCUCUCAAGCACGAGUCUCCCAUCAUAAGAAUUUUGGUCACUGUGAUUACCCAUAACAGAGGGAAAUGAAGGAUUUCUUAAGUGCAGAACUAUUGUAGAUAUUUAUGCCACUGUGGUUUAAAACCCCCAAACUGGACUACAUCUCUAUUUCCAGGGGCUUCAAGUAAGAAUUUCAAGUCCCAUUUUGAAAGGAAAAGAAAAGAAAGUUUGAAGCCAUACUUCUGCCAUAGAUUAUAGUCAUGCAUUCAUUCAAACUAUCUUUAUUAUGUGCGAGGCACAUUUCAUUUAUCAUGUUGUACCGCAGCACACAGCUGGGCACGGCAAUGGAUCUGCCAUCGUACAUGCCUUUUGUAGUCAUUUGUCCUUUUUUUUUUUUCCUUUUUGCCGAUUUUAUGAAUGAAUCUAAAAGAUCCAGCAUAGGGUUGCUGUUGAAGGGUAGGGGAAGCAAAUAUAUAUAUACACACACAUAUAUGGGUAGAAAGCUGCCUAGUGUUGCUAGUAAUAGUUUGCAGCUCUUUAGCCAUUCUAUUUAAGCAUGCUGGCAGGAAGGCGAAGACAUGAUAGAAUGCGCUACCCUGUGUUUGCAGAAUUUGGAAUGAUCCAAAGUAGAAUUCCCGUGUCAAGUUGUUCAGAAUCGUUCUCCAAAGUAGAAAGAUGGAAUACCCUGAACGAAGACUUAUGUGUUCCUUCGAUACCAACUACAUUCACACCAGCGAGAUGUAAAAACUGCAAAACUUCUUACGGUGCUUAGCUGUGGAAUAGGCUGCUCCUGUGCCCGUAUCGUACAUUGAUGUGUAAGUCCUGUGCAUUGUGCAGCUUGCAAAGGUGGAACUCCGAUACCAUGUUUUUUUUUUCCACCUAAACAAUUUUAUACAUUCACAUGGUGGCUUUCUAUAACAGAUUGAAUGUGAAUGCUACUUUUUAUGAAUGCAAAUCGUCUUUUUCAUUACUGAAAUUUUUCGUUUGAUGUAAUCAAUAAACUUUGGUAUGAUCUCAUUAA